AGUAAGCACAAACGAUAAAGUUUAAUUGCCAACAUGCUUCAUGUCGCAGUUCCAAACCCCAUUCACAAAGUAAAGCAUCUAAAACUUCUUUUCUUCAGCCAUGGUGGUCUUGUCCCCCCAUUGCACCAACGAUCACCAUCUUCUCUAACCCACCAAAAGCUAGCCAUGGCAAAACAAUUCAUCCCAUUGUCUUCUUCAAUAUUGGUCGCUGUAAUUUCGCUUUUUCUUGUAUCAACGUUCGUUCCAGGAGUUGGGUCCAUUGGCGUGAACUAUGGCACCGUAGCGAACAACCUUCCCCCACCACCGCAAGUGGCGCAUUUCCUUUUGGAGUCUACCGUUAUCAACCGCGUUAAGCUCUACGACGCCAACCCUGACAUCCUUAAAGCCUUUGCUCACACCGGCAUUGCUGUAACGGUCACUGUUCCAAAUGAUCAAAUUCCUCGACUUACAAAGCUGAAUUUUGCUCGACAAUGGGUGGAAGAUAAUGUUCAACCUUAUACACCAGCCACUAAUAUAGUUCGUAUUUUAGUCGGCAAUGAAGUGAUAACGACGGCGGACAAAAUGCUCAUCGGAAACCUUGUUCCGGCGAUGCAAACCCUCCACACUGCCCUUGUGGCGGCUUCAUUAGACCGGAGAAUCCAAGUCUCGACGCCUCAUUCUUUAGGCGUUCUCUCGAAUUCGAGCCCACCGUCGUCCGGAAAGUUUCGACUGGGCUACGACAUUCAUGUGUUGAAGCCAUUGCUUAGCUUCCUUAGAGCUACAAAAUCACCAUUUAUGAUAAACCCGUAUCCGUUUUUCGGUUGCUCGCCCGAUACGCUUGAUUACGCACUGUUUAGGCCAAAUGCCGGAGUGUUGGACGAAAACACGGGGUUGCUUUAUACGAACAUGUUGGAUGCUCAAUUAGAUGCGGUGUUUUCGGCCAUGAAAGUCCUGGGAUUUGAUGAUCUGGAGAUUGUGAUAGCCGAAACGGGUUGGCCAUCGAUGGGGGAUUCGACCCAAGUUGGCGUUGAUGCAAAUGUUGCAAGCGAAUACAAUGGUAAUCUCAAGCGGCACGUAUCGUCGGGUGCCGGCACACCAUUAAUGCCGAACCGGACUUUCGAGACCUACAUUUUUGCGCUUUUCAAUGAAGAUCUUAAGCCUGGCCCGACAUCCGAGAGGAACUUCGGUCUCUUCCAACCAGACAUGACCCCGGUUUACGAUAUUGGGAUCUUAAGGCCCACGGCUAGAUCAUCGAUUCCAAACAACCCAACCCCAGUGCCGAGGGCCGCACCUUCAAAUCCGACGCCAAGAUCGUCUAAGGGGAAACAAUGGUGUCUUCCCAAAACAGGCGCCGAUGACAACGCUUUGCAAAGGAACAUUGAUUAUGUUUGCGGCUUGGGUUUGGACUGUGGACCCAUUCAACAACAUGGUGCUUGCUUCCUCCCUAACACUGUUCGGGCCCAUGCCGCUUUCGCCAUGAAUCUUUACUAUCAAUCCACCGGAAACAACGACUCCGACUGCGGUUUCGACCAAACCGGAGCCAUCACCAACGUUGAUCCGAGCUAUGGAAAAUGCCAGUACUGACACUUUGUGCUGCAAAUCCAACGGAUCAAGACAUGGAACUCUGAAUGAUUCAGUUUUCAAUUUUGUUUCAUUUUUAGUUUCUGUAGUUUCGGACAAGGAAACAAAAACAGGAGGAGUGGUCUUUUUAUGUAUUAGAGGCAUGUGGGUGCAUGCAUCGUCACGUGAAAGAAACAUAGGGGAUUAAUCUUUAUGAAUAUAAAAUAUAUUUGGGUUUUACUUAACACAAA